AUGAACUCAAUUUCCCCGAUCGAUACUAUUCAAGAUGGGACAAACGAAGCUGCGCCAGAUUGGGUACCUCAAAAUGGAGACACCGUUAUUCCCAUAGAAAAGAAACUCGACAAUUCAAUGGAACAUCCAACUCGUCCAAUGAUGGGCAAAAGAAAGGCCAAAAGGAAAGACGAUAGUCCUCUGGAUAUCAUCUGUAGAUUUGUUGUGGACCAUCAAACUGGGCUAUCUGUCAACCUGUUAAUGCUCCUUUCUUUAACGCACAUAUGCUUCCCAAAAGCUCGCAGACAUACUCGAAAAUUCUUCGAACUUUCCUACUAUAACCAGGAGUCUGGUGAAUAUUGUGCGGGCUGGAAUGAUGCUUGGUUGGUGUUCUAUUGGAUUGUGGUCUUUACGGGACUUCGCGCUGCUUUCAUGGAUUAUAUCUUGAGGCCAUUGGCAAGAAAGGGUGGGGUGAAGACUGCGAGAGAUGAGACGAGAUUUGCUGAGCAGGCUUGGCUUAUGAUCUAUUAUUCCGUGUUCUGGACACUGGGAAUGUACAUAUACGUCAAUUCGGACUACUGGUGGAAUUUGAGUGAACUAUGGACUAAUUGGCCUAAUCGAGAGGUUGGUGGACUUCGAAAGUGGUAUAUUCUCGUCCAGUAUGCAUUCUGGCUUCAACAAAUUAUAGUUAUCAACAUUGAGGCACGCCGAAAGGAUCAUUGGCAGAUGUUUACACACCACAUCGUUACAACUGCGUUGAUCUUCACAAGUUAUGGUUACCACCAAACGAAAGUGGCUAAUGUAAUUCUUUGUUUGAUGGAUGUGGUGGAUCUUUUCUUUCCAGCUGCAAAAUGUCUCAAGUAUCUCGGAUACGAUAAAUUAUGCGAUUUCAUGUUCGGUCUUUUCAUGCUCUCUUGGGUAACAGCUCGUCACGCUUUCUAUCUUAUUAUCUGCUAUUCCGUUUGGGCGGAUAUCCCGAAAGUGAUCAACUAUGGUUGCUACCAGGGUAAAAAUGGUUUUAUUUCGGGUCCAUUCCCAGCUCCGGAUCGCUUUGGGCACCUCUUCAAGCCAUUUCAAGAUCCUGUCGGAGUCGUUUGUUGGAACAACAACAUAAAAUGGGGAUUCCUCAGCGCCUUGUUUUUCCUCCAAGGUAUCACACUAAUGUGGUUCUGGAUGAUUCUUCAAGUUGCUAUCAAAGUCAUUAAAGGUGGGCAAGCAGACGAUACCCGAAGUGACAACGAAGAGGAAGAGGAAGAUAUCGAUUUGGACGAGGAGCCCAUGACUGAUGGAGUUUACUUAUUGAAAGGAGAGCCAUACGAGGAAGAAGUUGGUGUCGAAGAACUGAAUUUGAAGGGAAGAACCUCCAGAAAUGGUCGAUAUAGGAAGACUUCGAGUAGUGCGAGUGGUGUGAGUAUCCCGGGACACAGCGAUAGAAAGGAAUUGUUGGGCAGGAUUGGGUGUGACAAAGGCGUUUAG